UCUGGCCACACUGUUUUGAUACAACAACAUUUGGGCCGCUGUCGUUUUGUGUUUUACCGAAAAAUCGAAAUUUUAAGUGCUUGCAGGGCCGCCGGCGACAAAGCAUUUGGCAAUAAUAAUUAAUUAGUUUAAUUAGGGUUUGGAGCCACAAACGAAGCGGGCCGAGCAUCGGAAAAACGAGUCGCGCCUAAAACACUUUGCCGCAACCGAAAGCAACACCAACACAUCCACAAAGGCCCCAAAAGUCGCGUCAUCAGUGGAAGUGGAAGCAGGGCGAAGCAGUUUCCUCCAGCUCCAGUUCAAAUCCUUCAAAACAUGGACAGCAAGGGUCGCAAUGUCAUCGUCUGUGAUAACGGCACAGGGUUUGUCAAGUGCGGAUAUGCCGGCAGCAAUUUUCCCACCUUCAUCUUUCCAUCGAUGGUGGGACGACCCAUCAUACGGGCGGUAAACAAAAUCGGCGACAUCGAAGUCAAGGAUUUACAUGUCGAUGAUCUGAUGGUCGGCGAUGAGGCGUCACAGCUGCGGUCGCUGCUGGAGGUCUCCUAUCCGAUGGAGAACGGCGUGGUCCGGAACUGGGAUGACAUGUGCCACGUAUGGGACUAUACGUUCGGGCCAAAGAAAAUGGAUAUUGAUCCGACGAACACAAAGAUCCUGCUGACAGAGCCGCCAAUGAAUCCCACAAAGAAUCGCGAGAAAAUGAUUGAGGUGAUGUUCGAGAAGUACGGCUUCGACUCCACGUACAUUGCCAUCCAGGCUGUGUUGACGCUAUAUGCCCAGGGUCUGAUCUCGGGCGUGGUGGUUGACUCCGGCGAUGGCGUGACGCACAUAUGUCCCGUCUACGAAGAGUUUGCCCUGCCCCAUCUGACGCGGCGAUUGGACAUUGCCGGUCGCGAUAUCACCCGCUACUUGAUUAAGUUACUGUUACUCCGUGGCUAUGCCUUCAAUCAUUCCGCUGACUUCGAAACUGUGCGCAUCAUGAAGGAGAAGCUCUGCUAUAUUGGCUACGACAUUGAAAUGGAGCAGCGUUUGGCCUUGGAGACAACGGUGCUGGUCGAGUCGUACACACUGCCCGAUGGUCGCGUGAUCAAGGUCGGUGGCGAACGAUUUGAGGCACCGGAGGCACUGUUUCAACCGCAUUUAAUUAACGUCGAGGGACCAGGCAUUGCGGAACUCGUCUUUAAUACCAUCCAGGCGGCGGACAUUGAUAUACGGCCGGAGCUAUACAAGCACAUUGUCCUGUCCGGUGGCUCCACCAUGUAUCCGGGUCUGCCCAGUCGGCUGGAGCGGGAGAUCAAGCAGCUGUACUUGGAGCGGGUACUCAAGAACGAUACGGAAAAGCUGGCGAAAUUCAAAAUACGCAUCGAGGAUCCGCCACGACGCAAGGAUAUGGUCUUCAUAGGCGGCGCUGUUCUGGCCGAGGUGACAAAGGAUCGCGAUGGCUUUUGGAUGUCCAAGCAGGAGUACCAGGAACAGGGCCUCAAAGUAUUGCAAAAACUCCACAAGAUCAGUCACUAAGGACGGCGGGAGAGGAUGAGAUGAGAUGAGAUCAAUUGUAGCAAUUUGUUUUCGGCUAGUUUCUUUAAGUUACAAAUCCUUCAGUUUAGCGUGAGAUUUAUCUGUCUGUCCAAUUUUGUGUGUGUUUUUGUGUGCCUGUGUAUGGUCCGCUUGUCUUCCGAUAUACGAUAUCCGAUAUCCGAUUCCCGAGUGCGUUCCUUGGUACAAUGAAUUGUAAAAUUGAUUUAGAAACUGCAGCCUGAAAAAUGUGUAAACCCUGAAUUAUUAUGCUUAUUAUUAUUACGUCUAAAACGCUCCCACAAAAGUCAAUCCCCCCCCUCCCCUAAAUUGUUUUUUGCUACCGAUAUAUAUAUAUAUCUAUUUUUGUAAACAAAA